AGGUGGAGACACGCCCGCAGAAACCUGCAGUUCCCGGAAACGUUUUCCUCUGCUGUGUUGUAUAGUUUCCCUCCGUUGUAGUCACACAGACAGGCGACAUAUUCUGGUCGGAUAGAUAUUUGUGAACAUCUCGACCGGAGAGGAGCCUUCUUUUACACUCGGAGACAUUUUUCUUCGUUGUAACCUGAUUCUUGUAUAGAUUUCUUUGCUCGCAGGUUGAGUUCGUUGACAAACACAAGAGUCAUCUCUUUGGCGGGCCUGCAGGUUCAACUCGACAAAAAGCCUGUGGGUAACUACUAUAAGUCAAAGAAAUAAACAGGAAGAGGAGAAAAGAAGUACUUCAGGUGUUUGAGGGCGUUUUGGUUUUAAUUUUAGCAGCCUAGUCCAGGUAUUGACCCCUGAUGGACUACAUGGACAGUGGGCUGAGAUACACCCCAAAGUCGGACAAAGACUGGGACACCUCUAUCCAGUUCCUGCCAGCAUCAGAUAAUAAAAAGCUUGAGAAGAAAAAAGGUCCAGGGAAAGUUGGGGCUGUGAUCGGUGUGGUGGUCUUUGCUGCUGUUAUUGCACUUAUGACCGGACUGCUGGUCUGGCAUUUCCACUUCCGUAAAGAUGUGCGGGUCAAGAGGAUGUACAGUGGCUCCAUGCGGAUCACCAACCAGGUGUUUGAAGACGCCUACGAGAACUCCAACAGCUCUGAGUUCAAGGCGCUGGCGAAGCAGGUGAUUUUACAGCUUAAAGCCAUUUAUUCCAAAAGUCCAAAUUUGGCCAAAUACUAUGUUGGUUCUACAGUUGAGGGUUUCAGUGAAGGCAGCGUUGUUGCCUACUACCUGUCUGAGUUCAGAGUCCCUGCGGGCCAAGAGGCAGCUGUCGACAAAGCCAUGUCUACAAUGGACAUGCUAGUGGACAAAGAGAAGCGUACCCUGCACAGACCUGGCAACUCUCUGGUCUUUGAAGAUGUGGUGUCUUCAGCACUUGAUGCCCGCUUUCUUUCAACAUCAUUCAAAUCUUUACAGUUUUCAGAACAUACAAAGACCAAUCACAUAGGGCAGAUCCAGUCCCCUGGCUUUCCUGACAGUCCUUAUCCCCCCAACACCUUCAUCCAGUGGCAGCUGAGAGCAGACCCCAACUUUGUCAUCAAGCUUGAGUUUGAUACGAUGAAUCUGGAAGAGGAUUGCAUGAAUGACUUUGUCAAAAUCUACGACUCCCUGGUGGCCAUUGAGAGCCGUGUUAUGGAAGAGAUGUGUGGGUACUACUCACCUAGUGAACCACUGACCUUUCUGUCUUCUGGCAAUGUCAUGCUGGUGACGAUGGCCUCAAAUGACCGGAAGAACUACCCGGGUUUUAGAGCAACAGUCUCACAAAUCCGAAGGGGAGGUAAAGGUACAACUUGCGGUGGCCAGCUUAUCGGAGAAAUGGGCAGCUUCUCUUCUCCAAACUUCCCAAAUUACUAUCCUCCUCUAACAUCAUGUCAGUGGUCGAUCCAGGUCCCUGCUGAUAAGGCGGUGAAGGUGACAUUCAAAAAGUUCCUCUUGUCUGAGCCUGGGCAGGAAAACAGUAAGGACUGUCGCAAAGACUACGUGGAGGUCAAUGGAAAGAAACUGUGUGGAGAAAAGCCUGAUGGAACACUGACAGAAACUAGUAACACCAAUACGAUGCGCGUGGUGUUUUUCUCUGAUGCCUCCUAUGUCGACCGAGGUUUUGAUGCAGAGUUUGAGGCCAUUGACAUCAAAGAUCCUUGUCCAAAGCAGUUCCAGUGUAGAAAUAAGCGCUGCAUUAAUACAGAGCUCAGGUGUGAUGGCUGGAAUGACUGUGGAGACAUGAGUGAUGAAUUAAACUGCAAGUGCAAUUCAAACGAUAUCACUUGUAAAAAUGGAUUUUGUAAGCCCAUGUUCUGGAAAUGUGAUGAAGUAGAUGACUGUGGAGACGGCACCGAUGAGCUGAACUGUGGUGGAUGUCAAUCUGAUCAAUUAACAUGCAAGAAUAAAAAAUGUGUUUCUGAGAAGAAUCGCUGUGACGGCACGGACGACUGUGGGGAUGGGUCAGAUGAGCUCGACUGUGUAAGAAGCACUGCUAUAAGCUGCACUGAUCUUACAUAUAGAUGUAAAAACGAUAAAUGCAUCAGUAAAGUGAACCCAGAAUGUGACGGGACACGGGACUGCGAAGAUGGAUCUGACGAGGAGAAUUGCGACUGCGGGAGGAGUAUGUUCAAGACGUCACGUAUUGUGGGCGGUCAGGAUGCAGAAGAAGGGGAGUUUCCCUGGCAGGUCAGCCUCCAUGUCAAAAGUUUCGGUCACGUGUGUGGAGCAUCCAUCAUCAGUCCACGCUGGCUGGUCACUGCUGCCCACUGUGUGCAAGAUGACGGCAAGACAAGAUUCUCCCAGCCUGGCACUUGGGAAGCUUACCUCGGCCUUCACACCCAGCAGAAGAGUGCCGGGGUGAAGAAGAACCUGAAGCAGAUCAUACCACACCCUAACUACAACGCAUACACCUUUGACAAUGACAUCGCCCUGAUGGAGCUGGAAAGUCCUGUCACCUACUCCGACUACAUCAGGCCCAUCUGCUUGCCAUCUCCCCAGCAUGAUUUUCCAGUUGGUAGCACUGUGUGGAUCACCGGGUGGGGCGCCACUCGAGAAGGAGGAUUUGCUGCAACAGUGCUCCAAAAGGCCCAGGUCCGAAUCAUCAACCACACGGUGUGUAACGAUUUGAUGGGAGGGCAGAUCACGUCUCGGAUGUUGUGUGCCGGAGUGCUGACCGGAGGAGUCGAUGCUUGUCAGGGGGACUCUGGCGGUCCUCUGUCUAGUCCGGGCAGCAGUCGUAUGUUCCUGGCAGGGGUGGUCAGCUGGGGUGAUGGCUGUGCCCGCAGGAACAAACCUGGCAUCUACACAACAGUCACCAAAUACCGUGGCUGGGUCAAAGAAAAGACAGGAGUGUAGACCACUGCAAAAUGGUCGAACAAGGAUAUGGACAUGAACACUGACAGAUGAAAAGUACAAAAGUGCCAAUUUUUUGCUUCAGUAAAACACCACUCUGACUUUCCAGCUGAUGUAGUGGCCUUGACUCCCAGUUGUACUGUAGUGAGAAAAUCCACUGCUUGAAGAGCAAUUACAACACAUUGUAUGUCCACUGUGAUUUUAUGAGGGUGGGGUUGAUGAAAUGUUUUUAAAUGUAAAUAAACCAUUUAUUUUUGUGUGUUUUUUGCUGUUGGUGUUUUAGCGUGUUUUGAUGGAGAACAAUGUUAUGUGCUGCACAAGAAAUACAUUUUAGACGUGAUUGUUACACAUAUAUGAAAUGUGCAUUAUUGUACUCUGUUGUCUUGUGUUUUAUCAGUAGCCAUCAUAAGAAUUUCCCACCAUUUUUCCUUGUUGUCUUUUGUUCUAAAUUUUAUAAAUUAAAAACAAAAUGACAGCAAGCUCAUUUCAUCCUACCUCCUAUGGCUUGGUAUCUUAUGCAUUUUAUUAUUGAUUUUUUUAAUUUUUUUUAUUUUGUCCAGCAGAAAUCCCUGAAAGGUUAGUGAUGUAAUUAUUCACUUUCGAAAGCAUUACCCUUCUCAUCAUAGAUGGCAUUUCAUUUCAACAGAUGUGAACUGCUUUUCUAUUAGCAUAAAACAGACUAAAAUAGUAGGUUUUGCUUGUGUUUAAUCUUUUUUCAUUAAGCAAAAUAUUAGUAGAGUCCCUUCAGUGUAAUCUGUGUAAAUGUGUAUUUUUUAGCAGAUGUUUUUAAAUAAAAUAUUUCUAAUAUAA